AUGGUUAUUUCUGCAACAACCCCCCAAUUCAAAGUGCCAAACCUUGCAGUUGCUUCCCCACAAGCUAAUGGACAAGUAGAACGUGUAAAUAGGGUCUUAAAGACAAUGUUGGGAAAGCUUACCGAGCCAAUCAAUCAUGCGGAUUGGUCAAGUAAACUUUUUCAAGUGGAAUAUGUCAUUAACAAUUCAAUUCACAGUACUACGGGAAGUUCCCCAAUCAAACUCCUAUUUGGGGUCGAGCAGAGAGGCGAGAUAAUAGAUGAGUUUACGGAGUACAUAGAGGAUAAAGUAAAUCAAAACAUUCCAAGAGAUUUAGAGAAAAUUAGAUUGAGCGCGUCCGAAGCUAUUGAAAAGAAGCAAGAAUACAAUUUAAGUCAUUUCCUGAAGAAUAGUGUGAAGGCGAAGGAGUAUAAAGUAGGUGACUUUGUUGUUAUACGAAAUGUAGAUACAGUAGUGGGAACAAACAAGAAAUUCUUCCCUAAAUACAAAGGACCCUAUGUAGUGUUCUUAAGACACUUCUGGCUUCGGCAGUGGGCGCACCAAAGCAGGCCGAAGACCAGGAAGAUAGCCAACGUGGACAAUUCCUCUUCAGCACCGGUUAGCGCAACUUCAGCACCGAACAGCGUAGCUUCAGCACCCGUUAGCGCAAUUUCAGUACCAGCCAGCGCGACCUCAGUAGCGGGCAAAACCACUUCAGUACCGAUUAACGCACUUUCAGCAGCGUCGGGUAACACAACUUCAGCAUCAAAAUGUGAAACGGCAACGGUAGCUCUUGGUAAAACUACCUCAGCAGCCACGAAAAGCAGCAAUAUACCCUCUGCUGAAAAACGGGACUCCCAUGCUACCGUAGCGGACGUUAGCAGCGCGGCAGCUCCUACAGUUGCGCAAACCGAGAUAACGGAACUGGAAGUGCAGUUACUGAAAAAGUUACGCAUUCUUAAACUACAGAAGGAGAUAAAAGAGCUAGAAGAGGGUACAGUCACAAACAAUUUUCCCGUUAAAUUCAGCGAUAUUGAAAAUGCCUUAACAAAAUUUAGCGGCGACGAUGGGGCCGAUAUACAAAAGUGGAUAACCGACUUUGAAUACACGGCAAAAUGCUUCGGUUGCGAUGAAAAAACAAAACCGCUUCUGGCACGUCGAAUGCUAACGGGAAGUGCCCAGUUAUUUACAAAAAUGAUUGACGUCAAUUCCUGGUGCGACUUGAAGCGUUCCCUAUGCAACGAAUUCAAGAGGCCGAUUAGCGUGAAGGAUAUAUUUAAACAACUCGAGUCGCGCGUAUGGCUUAAAACAGAAACCCUCACUCACUAUGUUCUGUGUAUGCAACAAAUAGCGCAGAAGGCUACGUGACAAAACGGGCAAUGCGCUAAUAUUCAGCGGCGUUACAAAACUGGAAGCGCUGAAAUCGUUGCUGCCGAAGUACGAGAAGUUGAUACAGAAGGCCGGCCGCGGUAGCGAACAGACAGCCAGUAGCAAGAAUCAGACACCUACAACGAGAUGCUACAACUGCUCUCGCUUCGGGCACUUCGCAAAGGAAUGCAAGGAGAGGAAGCGCGUGCAAGGCUCUUGCUUCAAGUGUGGCAAGCAGGACCAUCAGUAUAAAAACUGCCCACUGAAGAUAGUUGCAGCAGUUGACGGACCGGAUGAAGUUUAUUUUAGAGAAAUGCCCAAAUAGUUUUAUUCAGCGAUCGCUCGUAGGAAUUAACCCACAUCGCGUUCACAACAAUGAAAAUAUGCCACAGUUUAGAAACAUUGGAGGAAAUCUAAUUAAACCAAGUGAAAAAGUUUUUGUUUUGAUAAAAUACCGAAAUGUUGUAAAACCUUUGUUUUUAUACGUAAUGCCAGAUGAAUGGUUACCUUUUCCAUUACUACUCGGUAGAGAUUUUUUAGAAAAAUAUAGCAUUUCUUUGUACAUUACUCGAAGUAAGAAAAUAAAUGAAUUCGAAACUGAAAAUUCCAAAAACAAAACGGCUUUAAAUAUAAAAAAAUGUGAAAUAG